CACCAUAAAACUCAACUUCUCCUCCUUAAUUGGCUCCUUAAUUUCGGGUUGUUUUUCUUUUGUCUCGGCAACCAAACAGAGUCAGAGAUCGAUCGAUGAAGAACCGUCGUUUCCUACCCGACAACAAUAAUCCAUGUCUCCUACUCGUCUUACUCUCCGGACUCAUCGGCGGCGAGUUCCUCAUCAUCGUUUUCCUCCGAGCCGCCGAUAGCCCGCUCACCCACUCCGCCGCCUCCACAUCCCCACUCGCAACCACGCCGAUCCAACUCCGAGCCAUACUCCACUACGCCACCUCCCCCGUGGUCCCCCAGCAAACGCUAGACGAAAUCACUCUCUCCUUCGACGUCCUCCGCUCACUCUCCCCUUGCAACUUCCUCGUCUUCGGCCUCGGCCACGACUCCCUCAUGUGGGCCUCCUUCAACCCACGCGGCAACACCUUAUUCCUCGAGGAAGACCCCAGGUGGAUCCAGUCUAUUCUCAAAAACGCACCUGACCUCCAAGCUCACACCGUCAACUACCGCACCAAACUAUCCGAAUCCAAGGCCCUCCUCAAAUCGUACAAGUCCGAACCGGACUGCUUUCCGCCCGAUAAGGCGUUCUUGAAAAAUAAUGACAAGUGCAGGUUAGCGCUGAGUGGGUUACCCAACGAGGUGUACGACAAGGAGUGGGACAUGAUCAUGAUCGACGCGCCGCGGGGGUGGUUCGCGGAGGCGCCGGGGAGGAUGGCGGCGAUAUACUCGGCGGCGGUGAUGGCGAGGAAGAGGAAGGGAUCGGGUGUGACGCAUGUGUUUUUGCACGACGUGGAUCGGAGGGUGGAGAAGGCGUAUGCGAAGGAGUUCUUGUGCAGGAAGUAUCUGGUCAAAGGUGUUGGGAGGCUCUGGCACUUCGAGAUACCGCCCGCUGCUAACGUGAGCGGGGAGGGGAGGGAGAGUGCUGGAUUUUGCUAACGCGAGCUAGCUGCGUGAUCCGAUCUGCCGCCAUGUACUACAGUACUAUAUAGUAUAAUACUAUAAUCUUCCCAUUUUUAAAGUGUAAUUUCUGGUCUGCCACAGUAGGCCUAUGGGCCAACAUUUCCCAACUUGUCUUUUUGUCUU